AUGAGUCCCACUGUUGACACCACUUUAUCUCCUUCAGUGGUUUCAGCUGAUACAUCUACAGUGGGGGAGGGCGCAAUCAAUGAUAUGAAAAGAACUAUGGAGGAAAAAGAACAAGAAGAUGAUUCUAAUGGUGCCAAGAGACCAAAGAAAGGGAUUUCAGGCAUGCUAUCCCCUCUUUUAAAUUCCAACAAAAACACGAUGUCUCGCUCUUCACCUUCAAGUUCUUCCUCAUCAUCUGCUUCAAAACGUAUACCCAACAUCGCAGAAGAACUAGCCAUGAAUAGAAACCACGUUAAGGGCUCAUCUCCGUCUCCAACUUCUGCAGCAACUGCCAACUCUACAAAUACUUCCAAGACAACAACAGAAAACUCAAAAAAGACUACAUCACAAACAUCUACGAGUUCUACCCCCGCCACAGCGGCAGUUAAACGUACUACUAAACCCAAACCAAGAGCCAGAGCGAAGCCAAAAGAUAAAGAUACAACAGCUUCUAAUACAAAACAAAAGACUUUGCUUCCGAAGUCAAAGAAGGUUGACACUAUUCCAGCGGAUAAUUCUACAGUGGUGGAACCAGAGGCUAAAAUGAAGCAAGUGAAGAUAGCAUCUUUACUCACUUCUCCAAAUACUGAUAACAUUCCUUCAACAAGUUCAACCAAAACAAUAGACUCCGUAUCAACCACUGCAGCCAAUACAAACGUUACGCUUAAGACAGAGACUCCUCUAUUGAAAACUGAACCAACGUUGAAAAAAACACAAAGUAACUUAUCAAGUAAUAAAAAGGGACCCUCUUCUAUAACACCUGCGGCAAAAGCCAAAAAAUCAAAAUCUACAGGCGUAGUGACAACGUCAUCAUCAUCAUUAUCCAACUCGACAGAACCUAAGAAAAAAUCUAAUGUAAACUCAAAUAAGAAGAAAUCCGAACAACCUAACGCUGAACAGAAUCUUUUAAAACAAGAGCAAGAAAAGAAAAAAAUUGCUUUAAUAGCACCACCAAGCAUAGAAGAACCUACGGUACUUAAAAAAUCUAGCGACUCGAAUUCCAAAAUAUCAGUAAUUAAUAUUCCACUCUAUUCAACAACUUCAAAUGAUUAUCUUGAUGAGAAUGGUACUGUUACAUUUAAUCUUUUUAAAAUAUUGACUGAAAAUAAAGAAAAUGAUGAGAAAUCAAAGAAACAAAAGCGUAAGAAAUUGAUUGAUGAAACGACAAACGACAAUGACAAUGAUAAUAUAGAAUCUACUGAUGAAGAUGAUGAACUAGAUGAAGACAAUGAUGAGGAGGUUGAUCUAGAUGCGGAGGAAAACAAAAUACCAAAGAAAAAAUCACACCCAAUGAAAGGUAAAAGCUUGAUUGGUAAGUACGAUUUUGAAGAUCCAUUUAUUGAUGAUUCAGAAUUGUUAUGGGAGGAACAAAGAGCGUCUACAAAAGAUGGAUUCUUUGUAUAUUUUGGUCCUUUAAUCGAGAAGGGUACAUACGCUAGCUUUGAACGUGCCAAUGGUACUAUGAAAAAGGGUGGUAUUAGAAAAUAA